CUCAUUGUCACUCUCCAAAAGCCAACAACCAUGGCGUCAUCUAUGGCUGCAGCAUUAGCUGCAUCGCAAGCAGCUGCAGCGCCUGCACCUGCAGCUCCAGUUCAGGCCCCCGCAGAGGUCAUCCCGGCCAGUUGGGCCAAGUUGGUCGACUCAGAGGCGGAGAUUCCGUUGCGGGUAGUGCAGCUUGAUGGCCUGAUUGUGAUGAAGAUUAUGAAACACAGCAGAGAUGCAUACCCAGCUGCAGUUACCGGUAUCUUGUUGGGUUUGGACUUGGAUGGCGUAAUGGAGGUGUCCAACUGUUUUCCUUUGCCGAUGGGCCGGGAAGGUGACGAAGAGAACUCCACGCGACCAGCAAGCAGAUACCAAGCAUCCAUGCUGCGAUCUCUCAGAGAGGUUCACGGGGACGACAACAUCGUCGGGUUCUAUCAGUCAACUGCAAUGGGCGCGUUCCUAAGCCAGUCGUUCCUCGAUCUCCAAGCUUCCCAUCAGAAGACACUCAGACACGGAGGCAUUGCCCUUGUGCAUGAUGUAUCGCGGACUGCUAGAGGGAACACGAGUCUGAAGGCGUUCAGGUUAACCCAAGCUUUCUUGGAGGCUCAUAAGACGAAGAAGUUCAGCGUACAAGGGUUGAUUGAGCGUGGCUUGACCUUCAACAGCAUUCUGGAAGAAUUGCCUGUUCAAAUACACAACACGCCUUUGCUCGAUGCGUUCCUCCUGACAUUGUCUCAACCUUCCGUUUCCCGCACAUCCGCUUCGCUUUAUCCAACUGGAUCGCUAUCUGAAUUGCCACCCACAACGCAACCUCUCGCACCCACUUACCCUAUUCUUAACACCGCGUCAACGCCCACACUCACCCAUAACCUCAGCCUCGUCCUCGAUACGAUCGACGACUACAACCAAGAGUCGUCCAACUACGCAUACCAUCAACGGCAAAUCGCCCGUGAAAAGGCACGCGCCGAGACGUACAUAGCCAAGCGUAAAGAGGAGAAUGCCCAGCGUUUGCGUGAGGGUUUGACGCCCUUGCCUGAGGAGGAUGUGAGCAGGAUGUUCAAGAUCCCCCCCGAGCCGAGCCGGCUGGAGAGCAUGCUCCUGCUCGGGCAGCUUGAUGGCUAUGCCAAGACGCUUGAGGAUGUUACAGGCGCGAGCAUGGUGAAGAUGUAUGCGGCUAAGGCGGGUACUGGAGCCGCGUGAGCAUUGUUGUAUACGUAGAUGCUGGCCUUGACCAUUAUUCACAAUCCUAGUAUCG